AUGACCCGGCAUAGCACCCACACGCAACUCCAGCACCGCUGCAGCCCAGCUGAUGGUCUAGCGCCUGCACUGCAGCUGACCAUCUACCAACAGGCAGGGUCUCCUAUGCCCGCUAUCUUGGAUUAUUCCCGACCUGGAGGCCACCAUCCCUGGUCAGACAGCUCCCUUCUGGAGACACCACAUUAUCAACCACCGCCACAGCUCGGGAGCGUAGGGUGCGGUGGCAGCAGGAACGAGAAAAGCCUAGGGCUGCUCACCAUCAAGUUCAUGUUGCUAUUGCAGGAGGCCAAGGACAGCAUCCUGGAUCUCAAAGUGGCUGCAGAUACUUUAGCUGUGAGGCAAAAAAUAAUUUAUGAUAUCACCAAUGUCUUAGAAGGAAUUGAUCUGAUUGAAAAAAAGUCAAAAAACUGUAUCCAAUGGAAAGGUGUAGGUGCCUGCUAUAAUACUAAAGAAGGUAUAGACAGAUUAAGAUUUCUUAAAGCUGAAAUUGAAGAUUUAGAACUGAAGGAAAGAGAACUCGAUCAGCAGAAGUUGUGGCUACAACAGAGCAUCAAAAAUGUGAUGGAUGACUCCACUAAUAAUAGAUUUUCCUAUGUGACUCAUGAAGACAUCUGUUACUGCUUUAAUGGUGAUUCCCUUUUGGCCAUUCAGACACUUUCUGGUACACAGUUGAAGGUACCUAUUCCAGAAAUGCGUCAGAAUGGACUAAAGAAAUCGAUCAAUUUAAAGAAUCUUUCAGAACCUAUCCACGUGCUGCUUAUAAAUAAAGAGUCCAGUUCGUCUAAGCCUGUAGUUUUCCCCAUUCCCCCACCUGAUGAUCUCACACAACCUUCCUCUCAAUUCUCAACUCCAGUAACUCCACAGAAAUCCAAUAUAGCAGCUCAGAACCUGCCUGAGCAACAUGUUUCUGAAAGAAGCCAGAAUCUUCAGCAGAUACUAGCUACAGAAAUAUCUUCAGUAGGAUCUCUUAGUAGAGAUAACAUUGGUGAGUUAAUGUCUUCUGAUGUGUUUCCUCUACUAUGGCUUUCUCCUACACCAGCAGAUGACUACAACUCUAAUUUAGAUGAUAAUGAAGGAGUUUGUGACCUGUUUGAUGUCCAGAUACUAAAUUAUUAG